CGGCAGAUCAGUAGCAGCGGCGUCAAUCUGCGUGUCUGAACUUCUGAACCUUAGCUGGCCUGCUUGACGAUGGAACAGGAAACAUCGGUGAUGGACGUGCUCGCCCUGCCCGAGCUCGUCCUCGUGGAGGUGCUGCGCCUCCUGGACGCCGCGUCGCUGCUGAACUGCCGCCUGGUGUGCCGCCGCCUCCUCAGCCUGACGCGCGUCCCGCGGGUCUGGAGCCACCGGCGCGUGCAGCUCGAGGAUGACGGCCGUGAGAGACGUGGUCGUGGCUGUGUCCCGCUGCACCUGGCGCCCUGUGUGCGGGAGCUGCUUGUCCGGGGUCGCGUGCGGGACGCUCAACUAGUCACGCAGUGCCCGGUGGAGAAGCUCGUCUUGGACAAUUUGGACCUGGUGAGCGCGUCUACCCUGCUCCGCAACCAGGUCAGACUGGGCCGCCUCAAGGAGCUGUACUACCGCACCAACGGCCACAGCAAGAAGGACGAAGCAGACUUCGCCGCGCUGCUGGGCACCAUUGCGGCCGCCUCCGGGACUCUCAGUUAUCUGUGCUUCGAAGCAUUCGAAGACGAAGACUAUCCUGCCGACGCUGACCGGUCGAUGGACGAGCUGAGGAGCGCCUGCAACGUUGUCGUUGCACCAUCUUUGGUUGGAAUGCGCUAUGAAAGUGAAGCUGUAAUCGACCCUUUCCUGGAGAAGCUGCUCGCCGCCCACGCCUCUACUCUCAGAGAUGUAUGGCUUUCGUCGCCUGACAUGACGACAUGGCAACGCUUCAGCUUUCCGCUCCUAGAGAAACUGACUUGCUGGACCCGGGCCGGGGUGGCCAGCUUGCUGCAGUUUCCGGCGCUCAAGACAUUGCGACUCCGCGUGGAUGGGCAGGGGCCACUUCAGGAGGUCGUCAAUGUGCUGCGCAAAGCUACCUCCAUAACGGACUUGACGAUAUCCUACCAGGAAGAAAUCGAUGUUGGCGAGGAGUGGCUAAACCUCGUGCAGGUCGUAGCACAGUCGGGCUGGUCCAGUUUGAGCAGACUCACCAUUGAUCAAAGUCAUCAUGAAGUCUACGAACUCUUUGAGCGUUGGCGUCAGUGGCGUAUGGUAAUCCAUUCUCACUGGUUCAUCAGUCCCCGGCUCUGGGAGCGCGUGGCUGCCGCCCUACCGACCCUGCCUGCUCUCCGGGAGCUGCGCCUCGGCCUGGGUGAUACCAAGGAGCAGCACUGGCAGCCUCUGAUGGCGGCGAUUCGCCCGCACACCACGCCACGCAUCGAGCGCCUCCACAUUCUCCAUCUCUUCAACGAAUGCCUGGUCUGCUGGCCCCACCAAGAGAGUGUGAAGGAAAUGCUGGUGGCGAAUGCUAGUCUGCAGCUCUAUAUAUAUGAUGAUGUGUUUGACAAGGACACUUAUUCCAAGAAAAACCCGUGUACUCGUUGUUCUCACAGAUUUUGAUGCAAGGAGUCACGUUUUUAUAAACUCGGACUCCGCUUUAAUUAACUGUGCUUGAAGAAGUUUAUUUUGAUUUGUGAAAUAAAUACGGAAUACAAAUUCA